UGUAUUUUCGUUUUGUUUUAAGAUUUUUCAGAACAUUUUACUAUGAAAUACUCAAACGUUACAAACAUAAAAGACUUCAUUAUCACAGGAUUCCCUGGACUUCCGCCUGAGUACAACGGACUUGUGUCCGUUAUUCUCCUCUUUGUUUUUCUUGCUAUUGUGUUUGGAAACAUUUUUAUUUUAGGAGUCAUCGCAGGUGAGAGGUCUCUCCACAAACCAACAUACUUGAUCUUCUUCCACCUCUCUUUGACAGACAUUCUCUUUGGCAUUGUGACUCUUCCUAAAAUCAUUGCCAGGUACUGGUGGGAUGAUAUGAGGUGCUCGUUCGGAGCGUGCUUCACGCAGAUGUAUUUUGUUCACACUUUGGGAGCUGUUCAUUCUCUGAUUCUGCUGAUGAUGGCUUUGGAUCGCUUUAUUGCAAUAUGGUUCCCAUUUCAAUACCCAAUUUUACUAACGAACAAAACUGUUUCUAUUUCCUGCAGCUUGUGCUGGAUAUUUACGUCAAUCCGAAUAAUGGGGAUUGUGCUUCAUGCUCUAACUUUGCCUUACUGCGAUCUGAACAUCAUCAAACACUGCUACUGCGAACACAUAUCCAUAACUAAGUUGGCGUGUGGGGAUGAAGUUGCGUAUGUGAAGUGGGUGUCGUUUAUUAACGCUAUGAUUACUCUUUUGGUCCCUCUAACCUUUAUUAUUUGUUCUUAUUUCUUAAUCAUCAUUGCUGUGUUGAAAUUGUCACUAACAGGACAGCAUCACAAAGUUCUGUCCACCUGUGCUCCUCAGAUCUUCAUCACCUGCCUUUACUAUGUCCCAAGAUGUUUCAACUAUCUCACGGACAAUCUGGGAUUCAGGUUUAGUCUGGAUGCUCAGAUCAUCCUAGCCAUGAUGUACAGCCUCAUACCUGCAGCUGUCAACCCUGUCAUCUAUUGUUUCAGGACUAUGAAAAUAAAAAAGGCUUUGAUGCAGAGGUUUAAGAACAGAAAAGUAAGCUUGGGGAUUAAGUGAGUGAAGUGUUUUAGCUCACGAGGACUUGGGGAAACGCAGAGAUGUUGGUCCUGCAAAACUGACCUGUAUUUUAUUACUGUGGAUUGUGGAUCUUUGAACAUGUUACAGGACUUUAGUGAAAAAUAUUAUGAAGAAUUACCACCUGAUGUAGAUAUAACACUUAGAAACUGAAGAAACAGAAAUAAGCUCAAACUGGAAUGGAACGGUUUGUGUCACAGAAGUUCAUGCAAAUGUAUUAAAAUAUAUACUACCAUUGAUGUGGCAUUACAUACUAGACUUUUGUGAUCAUUUGCAGUAAGAACAGGAUGGAGAAACUGACUCGUGAAUCACAAUUCACCACCCCAACUAACUCAUCCCUGUUACUGUUAGCAACCUACAGGGUAUAUGCAGAGAUCUCAAAAUUAAAUUUAAGACUUUUUCAAGGCUUUUUAAGACCUUCUAAAAAUAAAAUUAAGACUUUAUCGCAAAUAACUAAUCAGCGGCUAAACACUCAUAUAUUGUUUUUACAUACUGCAUUGCUUCGUUUUCUACUUCGUAACGCUCACGUUCCCCUCGACUGGCUGCAGCCAUUCUUUGAAAUCCGGGAUAUCCAGCCAGGACGCUGCAAACUUGCACUUUCCCAUUCUCGUUGUGCGUUCACGUUCACCAAC